UUCCAUACCCACAAAAAUGGAAUCCCACAAAUCUUUAUUUUUGUGGGUUUCUAUGAUCGUUUUCAUACUACAUUCCAAAACAUUAUCGGUUCGAGGGCUUGGGGUUAAUUGGGGUACGCGUGCAUCACAUCCUUUGUCACCUAAUAUUGUGGUGAAGUUAAUGAAGGAUAAUGGGUUCGAUAAAGUUAAACUGUUUGAAGCCGAGCCUGGGGUUUUGGAUGCGCUUAGAAAUUCAGGACUUCAGGUUAUGCUCGGGAUUCCUAAUGAUUUCUUAGCUCCAUUGGCUAGUGGUGUUAGGGUUGCUGAAGACUGGGUGGCAAAAAAUGUAUCUGCUUAUGUUUCACGUGGAGUUGAUAUAAGGUAUGUAGCAGUUGGGAACGAACCCUUUCUCAAGACCUACAAAAAUAUGUUCACAAACGCAACUCUCCCGGCCCUCCAAAACAUCCAAGCCGCCUUAAUAAAAGCCGGUCUAGGCCGUCAAGUCAAAAUAACAGUACCACUAAACGCCGACGUUUACGAAAGCAGCUCUGGCGUCCCAUCAGAAGGCAAUUUCCGGUCAGACAUCCACAGCCUCAUGAUCUCCAUCAUCCAAUUUCUAAGCGACAACGCAGCACCACUCACCAUCAACAUCUACCCUUUCCUCAGCCUCUACGCCGACCCACAUUUUCCAAUUGACUUUGCAUUCUUCGCCGGAACAAAUGCUCCGGUGGUUGAUGGAACAAUUUCAUACACAAAUGUAUUUGAUGCUAAUUACGAUACCCUUGUGUGGGCCCUUGAAAAGAACGGUUUUCCAGGGAUGCCGGUGAUCGUCGGAGAGAUCGGGUGGCCAACUGACGGUGACCAGAAUGCGAAUUUAGGGUAUGCACGGAAGUUUAACCAAGGGUUGAUAAGCCGGAUAAUUCAAGGACAAGGGACACCGAAAAGGAAAACACCGCCAGAUGUUUACAUUUUCGGGCUUAUCGAUGAGGAUCGGAAAAGCAUAGACCCUGGUAAUUUUGAACGACAUUGGGGAGUUUUUAAUUAUGAUGGCACAAUCAAGUAUAAACUUGACCUAGGAAGUAAUAAUAGGACGCUUGUGUCAGCUAAAGGGGUCCGAUACUUAUCUCGACAGUGGUGCGUUAUGGCAGAGGGGGCAAGUGAAUCAGACCCUAAUUUAGCUGACAGUGUGAAGUAUGCGUGUACUUAUGCGGAUUGUACGAGUUUAGGUUAUGGUUCUUCGUGUAAUGGUUUGGAUGCGCGGGGUAAUGCGUCGUACGCGUUUAAUCAAUAUUUUCAAACGUUUAAUCAGCAAAAAGGGACGUGUAAUUUUCAUAAUUUGUCUGUUGUUACGAAAAUUCAGCCAACAACAGGGAUGUCGGAUUGUAAAUAUGAAAUUAUGAUUGAUAUUGGGAAGCAUGAAAAGCCGCGGAAACCGGUGACGUCUGUGGCAGCGCUAGGGUGGAGAUUGCAAGAUUUGAGUUACUCCGGUGUGGUGGCGGUUAUAUUGUCGUUUAUCGUUAGUUGGGUUUCAUGAGGAGUUUUAGUUUUGAACCUUGUACGUUGUAUUUCUACUUUAUGUUUCACGUGAUUUAUUUUAUCAAAAGAUGAAUAAUGAUUUCUGUCGCA